GUAGUUGAUCAAUCUGCGCUUCAGAAUGAGUUGUUCUCAGUUUGCAGUAUUCUUACUCUGCUUGAGUCUUGCCUUGGCAUAUAACUUUAAUUAUCCCAAUGGACCAACAACUCAAGUCACUUGCGAUAAGGGCGAAUCCCAAUUGUAUAGCCGAAUCGGAGAGAAAUAUUACUUCUUGGGAAAGACUAAAAUUACUUGGUUCGAAGCAGCUCAUAUAUGUCGACAAUAUGGCGGCGACUUGGCCGAUAUCGAAUCAGCCGAAGAAAUGGAUGCAAUUUCUACUUAUCUCAAAAAAGAACACAAUGAGAAUGAUUGGUUUUGGAUAGCGGGGAAAUGAUCUUGUCACUGUCCACAAGUUUGCCUCAUUAGCAACUGGAUUGCCUCUAACUUUCACCUCUUGGUCAGUUGGACAACCAGAUUUUCCAGGCACAGAGCAAUGCAUGCACUUGUGGCUCAGGGAUGGCGCCUUCCGUAUGAACAACUGGGUCUGCACUCAAAAGGCUUAUUAUCUUUGUCAGAGACAGAACUAUACUCGCUGCUGGGAUGGCUGUUAAGUGUUUCAAUACUCUUAAUACUCAAUACUUACAACGAAAACGAGACUCGUUCGUUAAAAAUAAAAACGCAUUUCUACAAAUACCUUUUAAUAA